UGUCACCAUACUCGCAUGAACCGCGCACAGGUGCGUUGGCACCGCCUCAAGUGCCUCGUGCGCUGCAUCGGUCAGUUUGCCUUGGCGGCGAACCAGCGCUCAGCAGGGGAAGUGACGUUGUUCGAGCCGCAAUCGUGGCACCGCCACAAGCUCGAGCGGUUCCAACAUGCGUACAACAAGGACCAAGAACAUCGCUCGGACGUGGACCUGAAGCUGCUGAUGGAGGUUGUGCAAAGCAUGCACGUGUUUGCCCAUGCCUCGUACACCAGCAAGCUUUAUUUCUGUCGACAUAUGCAGGUGGUGGUCCUGCACGACGGCCAAGUCGUAUACCAUCAAGGGGACCCCAUCGAUGGAGCGUCUGGCGUCUACGUCGUCCUCGAAGGGAUCGUGAGCUCGUACAAGAAUGCCGCGUACGACUACUCGGACAAAGCGUACCCAGCGUGGCAUCAGGCCACGUACCCAAGUGAAGACGUCCAGUUUGGGACAUGCGAAACCACUGCCACCACAGGCGACACCUUUGGCAACACGGCGGUCAAUGGAUGCCUGUGCCGCGACACCACCAUCCUCGCCCAGUCCAGCGCCAAGGUGGCCAUGCUGAGCCAAAGCGACUACCGCCGCAUCCUCGCCCACAACAACGACACGAUGUGGACGCCGCGGCAUUGUUUGUAUGCGAUUGAAACCGAGCCCCCCCACCGUACGCCACGUCAAGUGCGAGACUUGAUUGAGUUCCUCCUGCACUUUCAAUAUUUUCGAUCGCUGCCCCGAGACGCCGUGGAAGCUCUCUGUCAUCGACUGCGGCACCGAACGUUCAAGGCACACGAAGUGCUGAGUCGCCAAGGAGACCCCGACGUCCCCCUUGUGAUCUGUGUGGCUGGAAAGGUGCUCUUGUACGUGCAAGACUCUGUCGAGGAGUCACGAUGCCGACUGCUUGGUCCCCAGAAUGCAUCUGCUCCCGCUUCGUCCGGAACAAUCACAAAAAAGUUCGGAACCAACGCCGCAUCUGCCUUGAUCGACAAGCUCGAGUACGAUCCAGGGCUCGGGUGGUGUGUGGGGGAGCUCGGGGACGGCGAGUCCUUUGGGGAGCAAGCGGUCGCCUCUGGUGGGGUUCAAAGCGCCACCCUCCGUGCUGCCUACACGACGACGGCAAUUGUGCUCAAUAUCGCAGACGUGGAACAGAUUGUAGCCCAAUAUGAUAGCGUGGACCUUCCAAAAAAGUCCGACGAGGUGGUGGCGCACCUGACGGCGCUCUUGGCGACAGCUCCCAGGGUCCGGACGGCAGGAAUGGUUCGCGACAUUGCCAAAGCGUUAUGGCGGUGCGAUGCCGGCUUGUUUUUCCAACAACUCGGUCAGUACGCACUGGAAACCAUGGCGCAAGAGGCCGCCGUUCGGGUGGUAGACGCGGGCACGAUUGUACUCCAACAAGACCACACGUGCGAGUACAUGUACAUUGUCCUCAACGGGUCAAUCAAUAUCCACCGCCUCACGGCACGGCGAAAGCAACGCCGCCGAAGCUCGAUCAUUCAUAUGGAACUGCACCAGCACAAGCUCCCGGACGACAGUCAUCCGCCGACGCCCCAUGGAACAACUCGCGACGGGGCCGACACGUCGGCGUCGUUGGGCACUGAAACCUUCGACAAGUGCGGCCAAUUCCUAAGUUCGUUGGGCGUCGGGGGGGCCUUCGGACACGUUCCGAUCCUGACCAACUCCCACAGCCAAUCGUCGUACGUGGUGGCGCGCAACUUGGCCAAAGGCACGCUGACCGCGAUGUUGCUGUGUGUGCCAGCACGCUUCGUGGCCGCCCUCCUCCAAAGAUAUGAUGACUCGUUGCUGUACAACCCGCGCCAAGUGCUCGACCAAGCGACAAAACCCAAACACGACCGCCAGAACGCGCUCAAGUUUGCCAACUUCCUGUGCACCAAGACCGCGUUUGCCGCGAUGCCCCAGCGCACUCUCCACCGCGUGUUGGAAUCGAUGCAAGUCGUGGACAUUCCGUUCAACCACCUUUUGUGGGACCAAGGCGAACGGCUCGGCCACGGCGUCGUCGUCGUCUUGGCGGGGUCGAUCCUCCUCGUUCGUUCUGGACAUCGCCCGACGUUGGUGGAUCAGGUUCCAAAACCCGCCGACGCAGGUACCCACCCCCGCCUCGUACUUCAUGUGGGCAGGACGGCCAACACGGUCACCCUCAUGCACUCCCACGAUCAAGUCCACUCGUGCGGCCCGGGGGACUGCAUUGGAAGCAUGCGAAUUGACGAUUCGGAGAACAACACAAUCGUCACUACUGACACCGCCAUGACGCUGACCGACUGCAAAGUCGCGAUCAUCCAAUGGCCUCGCGUAUACGUGGCAGAGCCGUACGUGGCCAAACUAUGCAACGACCUUCUUGACCUGCAUGCCACCCAUUUGAAGCGGCAGCAGGAGCAGCCUCAACAAGUCCCGUUGGAAGGCGAGUCUCCCCCUUUAGCAGCCCCAGCGACGUCAGACGAUGUCCACGCUGCGAUAGGAAACCUGCUAUCGGCCAUCGAGUGGAAGGACAAGUUCCCCGUGCGCGUGCAAGGCUGUAUUGCCGAGCUGUUUACGUUCGCAGUGUAUUCCUCAAACGAUAUCAUCUUCAACCAAGGCGACCAGACACAAGCGCUGUACAUUAUUCUAGCCGGACACGUCAACGUCUGGAUUCAUCGGCACCGGCGCCCUCAGAGCCAAGGUCAUGUGUUUGCACGGAAGGAUGCCAUGAGUCGUCGAGGGGGGUGGCAAGACGGGAGGGUCAGUACGAGCAACGUGAAGAACGAGUUGGAUCCCAUGAAAGCCAUCCAAGCCCUGAGCAAGCGGCCGCGAACGCCAACCAGCAUCAAGCGGUCGCUGUCCACCCGGCGAGGCGCAGAGAGCGGGACGAGCGUCGCCAUUAACCACCCCUUGGGCGACAUCGAAGCGCGCCUCGGACCGGGCGACGUCUUGAGUGAACAGGCCUUGUUCCAUCCUGGUAUUCAGCAUCGGGUUUCAGCGGUAGCUGCGACCGACGUGACGGUGCUGGUGCUGCCUCGAUCCCAAUACGACCAUGUUCUCGCCCACGGGCGCACUGUUCCAUCCUCGGCGACAAUCGUCGUCGCGCGCAACUCGUCCGAGCGAGCGCGAGACCACUGGAAACUCGUCAUCCAUUACAUCAUCAAGAACCGGUCGCAACGGUCGCAUUGGCCAUGUGUGAUCGAGUUUGCCCGGCAAAAGCGCAUUCGACUGGUUAUGGACAUUAUCAAGAACGUGCCCGUGUUCCAGGCCAUGGACGUGGAGCUCCGCGUGCGCAUCUGCGAACGAACGUUGUUUCAAACCCUUGCCCCGAAUGUCGUCGUGUUUGAUAAGGGCAAACCCGUCGAGCGCUUCUUUGUGGUCGUGCGUGGCACCGUGGACCUCGUGCACGUCACGUCCCCCACGACCACAGACGCCGCCACGUCAUCGUCCGACGCCAGCGACUCGUGGCUCAAGAUCCGCACCGUCCGGGCAAACGAGUGGUUCGGCGAGUACGAAAUCCUCGCGCACGAACCCAACCGUCAGAUUCUGGCCAUGACGACGGCGGAAGGCGCGCACGUUGUAGCCGUGUACAAGGGCGAAUUCAUCGUGUCGUGGCCUACGCUGCAAAAGUGGACCGACCGCCUCGCGUUCCUUCGACAAAGCGAUGCACUGGGGGCGCUGGAAGACGACCGAUUUUGCUCAGUGUGGUAUGGCCUUCGCAAACUCAGGUUCCGACGCAACGACGUGUGUGACUUUAAGUGGUGGUGCCGGAGCGGUCCAGUGCCAACAAAUUGGCCGACGCCAUCUACUGGAUCGACGAAGGCGAGUGUGUGGUCCACCAGUCCACGACUUUGGUUCGAGCCAUCAAAGAAUCGAGAUCCCACGAGAAGGACGUCGAGUUGGACGUGCAAGUGGCGACGCUGACCCGGGGCAAUGUUCUGUACUGCGACGACUCGACGUGGAUGCCGCGGACAUGUGUAAUAGCGUCGUCGUACGUGAUGCAAGCGUUCGUGUUGACGUACCCGUCGCACCCCACGACGCUGCAUCGCGUCAUGGGAAAGCGGGGAAUUGCAUCCUUGCGACGGAUUAUGCGCUUGGGAAACGACUUCCAACACACCCAGCGCGAGGUACGCAAUGAUGCCAUUGGAGUUUUGUAGGAGAACAACGGUGUAGACUGCCACGCAGUUGGCCGUGGCGUCCGAGCCCAAACCCAUCGACUCGCCCAUGCUACCACUGCUCAAGUGUGUACCCAUUGCGCGCAUGCAGGGGAAUCGCGUGAAACUGCCCAACUUUUUGCUCCAGCGGCAUGUUCCCCCACCAACAACAACAGCCGACGCGUCCAAUCAGCGCCCCGAACGAGAUCCACGACGUGCUUCGCUCAGUCCAACCGCCCGUACUAGUGUCAUAACCCCCACCGAUGGAUGGAAUCCGCAUCGCCCGCUGAGUGACGCCAAACCAUCAUACAUGAACGGAUCGUUUGCAUUCAAUCAACCGAGCCCCACCCAGCCGCGUUCGUCCCCCCUGGGCUUGCUGGAGACGGCACAUGUACUUCGACCGCAAAUCCGAUUGGACGAGGCCGAGACGUCGUCCGUGCGGCUGCAAAAGGCGCUAGACCUGCAGAUCCACCAAGAUGUCAAGCUCCUUCACGAGCUAGGAAGCGCUACAAAAAGGAGUAAACUGUCGGAAGCGCGCCGCGAGCAGCAAGUCCGCAUCAAGCACGGCCGGCCUACCCAAUGUCCACUGGAUCCGUUCAAACCCCCCGAGCCGAACCCGUGCCAGCCCCCCACCCUCCAAGCCCACACUGCCCCUCGACGCCUUCGCCAAUCGUACCGAGGCCGCAGCACUCGUGGUGUCCACGCAAAGUCCUAGCAAAUACUACUACUGUAGUACACUAUAGCAACCAAACGACCGAGAAAGCAAUGAUGAAAUGUCUGCGAGCAAUAUAAACCUUUUGCUUGACCUCUA